AUGGCGCGCCUACACAAGCGUCUACUGUGCGUCUUUCUCCCCUUUCUAUACCCUUGCUCACGCACUUCCCUGCCCUCACAGACCCACACUUCAACGUCCACCACACCCACCGCCGCUCCACUACCCUCACGCUUCAGACGCCUUACCGCCCGUAUAUCCUCCCCCCUCAAACCUCCCCUCAAUGCCCUCACGUCCGCCCUCUCGCCAUUACAACACGCAUACACCCACCUCGCCCCCGCCAUCACCCUCACCCUCGAAAACUCCGGCUCCGUCGCGCGCGACCACCUCGCCUCCGAGCGCACCUUUCUCGCGUACACCCGGACGAGCCUCGUGAUCGCAAGCACGGGCGUCGCGCUCGUGCAGCUGUUCACGAUUUCGGCGGAGACAAGGGCGAACUCGUCCUCAACCACCUUCACCCCCACCUCGCCCCGCCUCGCGCGCUGGGCCCGGCCGCUCGGUGCCGCGACAAUCGCGUUCGGGAUAUUGGUGCUCGCUAUAGGCCUCGCCCGCUACCUCACCAUCCAAUCCGCACUCGUGCGCGGGACGUUCCCGGCCGCGCGGUUGGUGGUGGUGGCGAUAAGUAUCGGUUUGGGAGUGUUGGUGGGCGUGGUAUUUGGCGGGGUGGUCGGUGGGGGGUGA